ACGUGCUCUCUCGUGGUCCUUGAAAGAUGUCGACCAUCGACAAGAUGUUGAUCAAGGGUAUCCGGAGCUUCAGCCCGGAAAACAAUGACGUGAUUAUUUUCUUCAAGCCGCUCACCCUCAUAGUAGGGUCUAAUGGAGCAGGGAAAACGACCAUCAUUGAAUGCCUAAAGCAUGCGUGCACGGGUGAGCUUCCUCCUAAUGCACGAUCAGGACAAAGCUUCGUCCAUGACCCUAAGAAAGUUUGCAUGAGCUACAGGUGUGCUGAUAUAGACAGGGAAGUGCCAAAGCUGAUGGGGGUGUCAAAAGCUAUCCUUGAGAAUGUCAUCUUUGUCCACCAAGAUGAGGCAAACUGGCCGUUGGCUGAGGCUGCUGUCCUGAAGAAGAAGUUUGAUGAUGUAUUCUCUGCCACAAGGUACACUAAGGCACUGGAAGCGAUCAAAAAGUUGCACAAGGAUCAAGCGCAGCUGAUCAAGGAGUAUAAGCUUAAGCUGGAUCACUUGUCUUCGAUCAAGGAUGCAGCUAUGAAGUUGCGGAAGGCCAUGGAUGAGGACUCUAAGGAAGCUGAAAAAUUGAGGGCACAGAUGGCUGAAUAUCAGAGGAAGAUCGCAGCACUUCAGGCGAAGAGGGAAGCUGCUGAACAAACAAUUGUAGAACUGAGAAAUCUUCAAGAAGAGAUGAAGCUGCAGGAGGAAAAAAGGAAAAGUAUUGUCCAACAGAUUAACCAGCUGCAAAGCCAGAUGCAUGCAUUCACUGAGGCGGAUGAGGAGCUGGAAAAAGCGCACGAAAACCUUGACAAAGUGGUGAAAGGCUGGCAACAGGACCAAGUGGUGCUUGGACAAAAACAGGCAGACUUGAAGAUUGGCCUUGAGACUGCUAAAGAGAGUUAUACUAAGGAUUGCCAGAUCAAGGGACGGCUGCAGGCAGAUGCAGAGGCUUUUGCUUCCAAUAAGCAAGAGAGAGACAACCAUCUUCGAGCAACUGCUGCUAGACACAAUCUUGGUCAUGUGGAUACAGGGCCGCUGUCCACAGAUACGGCUGAGGAGUUCACAUCCAAGGCUAUGCAACGGCUUUCAGACUUACAGCUCAUGCUGAAGACAGUGAAGGCAGAAAAUGACGCCAAAGAUAAGAGAUUGGAGAAACAAGUGGAUGAUAUGAAGAGACACGUGUUUCAGGCAGAGAGCACAAUACAAGCCAGGAAAAAGCAAAUGGAAGAUAACAGGGCACAGAUGCGACAGUUGGAGAGGGACGUUGAGGCUGCAACCAUAUCUGAAAGUGAACUGAUGGAGCUUGAAGAAAGGGAAAGGUUGCUGAAAGACAAAGUGGACGCGGUGGCCCUCAAAAUGCAAACUGCUCAUUUGGAUGACAAAUUAAGCGAAGUCAAUCGACAACUUCUCGAUGUUGAGACAGUAAUCAAGCGGCUUUCCCGGGAGAGAGAUGAGCUAGCUGCAGAAUCGGCUGAGAGGAUUAAGCUGAAGUUCAAGAAGGAAGAGCUGAUUGUAAAGGAACGGCAGAUUUCCAAAAUAUUGAGUGACAAUGAGAGGGCAUUCGUGAAUGCGCUGGGAAAGGUUCCCAGCCCACAAGAUCUCAAGAAAACCUUGAAGACUGUCAUAGAAAACCAUGCAAGGUCCUUGAAGGAGACAGCUGAGGCGUCUGAGAAAGUGAGGGAUAAGCAGAGCCUGGCAAGGGCUGCACGGAAUGCAGCAAUGGAGAAUCUUACGAGGCUGGAGGAGCGAAGGAAUGCAUUGAGGAGCGGCCUUCUGGAGAAGCUGGUGGUGAUCUUGGAACAAAGAGCUGAUGUGGAGAGGUUACCAUCAGAGCUUGAAAAUGCAAGCAAGCAGUACAAUUUGACAAAGACGAAGCUUGAUAUCCUGAAAGGCAUGAAAAGGAUGUUCUCUCCUUACCUGAAUCAUGCAAUGGAGCAUGAUGCAUGCCCUGUUUGUGAGAGGAAGUUUGAAAAUGAAAGCGAGAAGGCUGGUUUCAUUGAGAAGCAACGAAAUGCGCAUGUGGAGUCAGAAGCAUCAGAGAGGAGGAUGACGUUUGAAACUAGCGUCUUGGAGGCAAAGCUCGAGAAGUUAAGGCACUUGGAACUUCAGUAUAAGGAGUACGAGAUGCUGAGGAGAGUGGAAAUUCCCAAGGCACAAGACGUGCUCCUGCAAUGUGAAAAGAAGGCUGCAGCUAUGGAAGAUGAGGCAAAGGAUGUCUGUGGCGUGCUUGCCCAAAUGGAAAUGGAACAAUCUGACCUCGUAGGUUUGGAGAAGCACAGUGACACAGUGGACAGGCUGUUGAUGGAGUCCCAGAUCCUGAAAAGACAGAUCCACGAACAGGAGUACAGAUUGGACUGUCUAUCAGAGAGCGCGAGGACAGCAGAUGAUAUAAAGGCUGAGCUGUCGGCCUAUGAAGACAAAAGGUCGCAAAUGAAUCUGCAGAAGGAUAAGCUGAGAGACGAGCAAGAGACGCUGAGCAGGGAACUUCACAAUACGAGUGUCAGAUGGCGAGCUGCACGGGAAGACAAAAUUCAAGCAGAUCAGAAGUUGUUGCAUCAGGAGAAGCUGAAAGACGACAUCAAAAGACUUGAUGAGCAGAAUGGGGAGCAUGACAGAACCAUUCAGAGUCUGCAGCUUCAGCUUGGAACAUAUAGAAAAGAGCUUGACAAGACAAUUCAGGAUAGAGAAUCGCACAGAGCCAAGAAGUCUAAGGAGGAGCAAGACAUACAGGAAAGGUUGGGGGCACUGCAGACUGAUUGUGAGACACUGCGUCAUAUCAACAUGAGAAUUGACGAAUAUGUGCUUGGGAACAAGGAUGUCAAAUUGAAGGAAACCAUCGAUAGGAUGGCAGCUUGUGCUGAACUGCAACUGCAGCUGGAGAAAGAUAUUGAAGCGAUAUUGGAGAAGAUAAAGGAGAGAGAAACAGCGGUUCAGGAUCAGGUCCUUUUAAAACGUGAAAUUGAGGACAACCUUCGCUUCAGAAAGUUGGUAAAUGAAGAGAGACGGCUCGCAGAGGGUAACCAGAGGCUCGCACAAGUGAUGGCAGACAAGGGAGCUAUCGCAAAUGUGGAGGGUGACUUGAGAGGUCUGCAAGAGGUCUAUAACAAAUGCAGGGAUGAGGUUAAUAAGGCACAAGGGACAGUUGCUGCGUAUGAGGCAAACAUUGAAAGAAACAAGAUGGAACUGCGACAACCAACCUACAAGGAUAUUGAUGCGCGGUGCCGAGUGCAGUUUAUACAGCUGAAGGCAACAGAGAAGGCAAACAAGGAUCUGGACAAGUAUUACAACGCCCUGGACAAAGCCUUGAUGAGGUUUCACACGAUGAAGAUGGAGGAGAUCAACAAAAUUAUCAAGGAGCUCUGGCAGCAGACAUACAGAGGGCAAGAUAUUGAUUUCCUAGAGAUUCGAUCGGAUUCAGAAGGCGCUGGAACGCGGUCCUACAGCUACAGGGUGGUAAUGAGGAGUGGGGAUGCAGAAUUGGACAUGAGAGGAAGAUGUAGCGCUGGACAGAAGGUGCUGGCCUCUCUUAUCAUCAGGCUUGCACUGGCCGAGACAUUUUGCCUUAACUGUGGCAUCCUUGCACUCGAUGAGCCAACCACCAAUUUGGAUCGUGCAAAUGCUGAGGGUCUUGCAGCUGCUCUCCUGAGGUAAUCUGAAAGGCUUUCCACAGUUCAUCCAGCAUCGUGUUACCAAAA